AUGACGACCAUUGCCAUUGCAGGUGCCACAGGUGGUGUGGGCAAGACCAUUGCCGAGCUUCUCUCCAAGAACCCGUUGUACAGGCCAAUCAUCCUGUCGCGCUCCAAGCCCGCCGAGUCGCUGCAUGCCAAGGUGCCUGUCAUCGCCGUCGACUACAACGACGUCGAGGGCUCGGCCAAGCUUCUCGAGUCGCACGCCGUGCACACGGUCAUCUCGACCAUCCGCGUCAGCAGCCCCGAAGUGGCCCUCUCCGAGGUCAACCUGGCCAAGGCGUCGGCCAAGUCGCCGGUCACCAAGCGCUUCAUCGCGAGCGACUUUGGCAGCAUGCUGCCCGAGCCACAAUACCGGCUGCCGUUCAUCCAGGCGCGAGUCGAGGCAUUCGAGGCGCUGCGCGAGCUGGCGCCGGCGCUCGAGUUCACGACGGUGCGGUGCGGGCUGAUCGCCGACUUUCUCGGCACGCCCAACGUCCAGUCGCACAUGCGCCCGCCGCCCGUCAUCUUGUGGUUCGACCGCGAGAAGCAGGCGGCCGAGAUCCCCGGGACCGGCGACGACGUCAUCGCGUACGCGUACAGCUACGACAUUGCGCGCUUCGUCGAGGCCGCGCUGGGCCUGCCGCGCUGGGAGGACGAGUCGACGCUCUUCUCGGGCAAGACGACGUUCAACGAGAUUUUGGGCUUGUUUGAGAAGGCCACGGGGUCGAAAUGGGCCGUGACGUACUUUGACCCCCUAACCAAGUUGGCCAAGACGGACAAGAAGUUCUACCCACCCGACUACUUCUCGCUCUACCUGGUGCAGGGCCUGAUGGACGUGGCCGAGGACAAGAGUUGGAACAAGCAGUUUCCCGACCUCAAGACGACGAGCGUGGAGGAGAUUGUCGGGGCCUGGAAGGGCAAGUGA